AUGUCGGCAUCAGCACCAAAAACACAACAGCUUCAGCAAGAUUUACAAAAUGAAUUGACUUCAGCAAACCAAUUAUUACGUCUCAUAUCUAUAGAGUUGCAGAAAAUCAAAAGUUUUACUAUGGCCGGAGGGGAAUUUGAAGAAAAUAUUAAACAGAAUGCAUCUAUAAUUGGAGAUUUAGCUAAAAUGCAACAGAUAAACAUAAAAGAUUUGCCGCCACUUAAAAGGUUGCAACCACAACUAGACAUGACACAAGAAACAAACCAAAGUUAUCAGCAACAUGACAGCUUCAGGAACAGUAUGGAUGAUAGUCAAUACUCUUCUGCUAAAAAACGAGCAAAUAGACCGCCGACUUAUGAGAAGUUUUUAAAGCAAAGAGAAGGUUUAUAA